ACGAGCUACCGUAAAAUCUUGCUUUUCAUUGGAUGAUUAAAAUGGAAGUACAAAAUAUUGCCAACAGAGGUAAAUAUUUGUAAUGAUCAAAGACGAAGCAUGCUACGUUCUGCAAUUGCCAACAAAACAUUGAAAAGAGAUAGAGUUAUUAUCGUUUGUUGUUACUCACUACGUUUGUUUCAUAAACUAGACAUAUCUAUUUCUCAGUUGUCUUGAGUGUGUCAUCUUGAGUACUAUGAAAGCGAAAAUCAUAAGGUUCGACGUAUUUAAUGUUAAAUAAUGGCAUAUCUGUGAUAUAUAUUGAGAUUUAGAGAUUUUACCUUGAAACUGAAUUCACAUUGAAAGGUAGUGUUUGUGAAAAGUGCAAAUAAGCCAACUAGAUUAUGUCAAAUAUCCUAUGAUAGUUGACUAAUGUAACAUGGCCGCCUAAAGACCACUACAAUACAUGUCUUUUGUUGAAUAAAAUUCAAUUUUUUUAAUAAGAAAUGGAGCUGAGAGUGGGGAACAAAUAUAGGCUUGGUCGAAAAAUAGGAUCUGGAUCAUUCGGAGAUAUUUAUUUAGGAACUAAUAUAUCAACGGGAGAAGAAGUAGCAAUCAAAUUAGAAUGUAUAAAAACGAGGCAUCCUCAGUUGCACAUAGAAUCCAAGUUUUACAAAAUGAUGCAGGGAGGAGUUGGUAUUCCCGUGAUAAAAUGGUGCGGUUCCGAAGGUGAUUACAACGUAAUGGUGAUGGAAUUGCUAGGUCCCUCUUUGGAAGAUCUAUUCAAUUUUUGUUCGAGACGUUUUUCCUUGAAAACCGUACUUUUAUUGGCGGACCAAUUGAUCUCGCGCACCGAUUUUAUCCAUUCUCGAAAUUUCAUACACAGAGACAUUAAACCCGAUAACUUCCUAAUGGGAUUGGGCAAAAAGGGCAACCUCGUUUACAUAAUCGAUUUCGGUUUGGCGAAAAAGUACAGAGACGGAAGGACCCACCAACACAUACCCUAUAAGGAGAAUAAAAAUUUAACCGGUACCGCAAGGUAUGCUAGUAUAAAUACGCAUUUAGGUAUCGAACAAUCCAGGAGGGACGAUUUGGAAUCGUUAGGUUACGUUUUAAUGUAUUUCAACAGGGGUUCGCUGCCUUGGCAAGGAUUGAAAGCCGCCAAUAAAAGGCAAAAGUAUGAACGUAUAUCCGAAAAAAAAAUGUCUACUCCUAUAGAAGAACUUUGUAAGGGUUACCCCAAAGAAUUUCCGACUUAUCUGAAUUAUUGUCGACAAUUGAGGUUCGAAGAAAGGCCCGAUUAUAGUUAUUUGAGACAACUGUUUAGGACUUUAUUUCAUAGACAAGGUUUCACGUACGAUUACGUGUUCGACUGGAACAUGCUCAAAUUCGGCGGCGGUUCUCGAGGGAAUCACUGCGAAGAAAACGGCGGAGGCGGUAGAUCUAGCGCUAGAUACGGAAGUCACGCCGCCGUCGUUCCGGCCGAUUCGUCGCCGGCGGCUCCGCAAUCGAGAACGCGGCGGCCGCACGAUUCCGCACGUAUGGAAAUGGUUUCCGCGGGUGGAAACGCGCCUGCGCAAAAUACGCUCGACGAAGUUAUACGUGAUUCGCCCAGGAUGUACGAUAAUCACGAGAGACGCGUGUCUUUGCGACUUAGAGCUGGACAGGGAGUUCCGAAUACUUCUACUUCGGACCUAAGCACUUCUAAACAAGCCAACGCCUCCGGAGUGGCAAUGGUGCCCCCAAGCGGCCAGGUGGUGCAACAGGGACAACUUCCUAGGAGGGGUAGCGCUUCCAAAGACCCUCCAGCAGCUCCUAGACUCAAAAAGUGAGAUGGACCUUAAUCAAGUUUUUUCAUUAGUGACGUUUUUUUUAUAUAUAUACAUAAAUUUUUUUAGAUAGAUCAUUAUUUCUGUCGGUAAAAUUGACAUAGCAACGUUCGAGAAUAUUUUGGAAUACAGAUUUACAAUACACCCCUAUUUCGAAUACCUUCGAAUUGAAAAAAAAAAAAUAAUUUGUUUUUCGGUUAUAUUUAAACGAAACUCGAUCAAAAAUCUGUAUCCCAAAAAUUUUUCGCCGACUGAGAGGGAACACGUGAUAAGAACAGUGUUUAUAUUAAAUGUGAUUUUGUUAAGUUUUCCAAAUCUUUCUGAGCUGUUUUUUUUUUCUACAUUCUUGAAGUAGUUGACUUCCAAAAUAUCAACACCAAACUUCCUCGAUCAACACCAAGAAUAACGAAAACUAAUGUCGAUGAUGUAAAAUUCUGUAAUCGAUAUCUCGUUACUGAUACGAUUAUUAAAAUUUAUUAAUAUUGCUUCAAGAAUACGCGGAAAAGUAACUGAAUCAAAAAAAUUGACAACAAACAAUUUGUUGAAUGAUAAAACUAUACAGAUAAUAAUCCAAAUAGACCAAAAGUACAAAAUAAAUAAUAAAACCUAACCUAACUUUUAUAAAAAAAGUAAAUUUACUAUAAUACGAUAACCUUUAACAUGUAAUAUGACUUGAAAAAGAUAAUUUGUAUGAAAAUAAUUUUAUUAUAAGAUUAAUUACAUCUAAAAUCCAUAAAGUACUCAAAAUGUCCACCAUCAACGUUGAUGCAUUGCUACAACUUACCCCCAAAUGUCUUUAAAUACAUUCAAUUCUUCAACCGUCAAGUUUAAGGCUACUCAAUGUUAUCAAUUAGAAAACUGUGACAUUCGGUUCAUCAGACAGAUAUUCCGGAUGUUCAGAAUGUCACAAAAAUGUAAUUUCUGCAGUCAGGAUAGCCCUCAAGAAGAGGGUGGUAUACCCGAAGGUGCAGUUCCUGAUACGCUACCCUUCAUCCCAUCUUCGUCUGUCAACUUUCUGUGAGUUGGUGACAUGAUUCAAAAUGGGAUAAAAAUCCUCAAAUACAAGCAAUUUUUCAGCAAUUAAGUCCAAGGCCACUCGAUGCUUCUUCUAAUGAUUCCGUAUUCAUGUACUGAUGGGUUAGGUACCCUAAAAGAACUAAUGGUCAUGACAACUAGUUUAGUCGGUGUCAUGUGCAUCCGACAUUGAAUUUGCAGUCAAGGUACUCUUAAAGAAAAAGGCUGAAGGUUCAACUGUUGCAUCAGCCUUUAUAAUAACGUCUUCAGGAUACCUAGUCCCUGAUACGCUUGUUGUUUCCGGAAAGUCUGAAACCAUCAAUGGUAUAAAUACUUUUGGGCCACCCUAUAAAGUAUAUUAAGUUGAUAGAUGGUGUCGUUGCCCAAUUCUCUUUGAAUUUGAUAAGUGUUUUAACAACUUUUGACUUUUUAUUUGGAAAUUCUUCUUUCUACAUAUGAAAUAGUCAAAAUUUGAUUCAGUUACUUUCCGUUAGUUUUUUUGUUUUGAUUUAUUUCGCUCAUAUAGAAAGGAAACAAGCAAGGGUGUGCAAUUGGUGUUAAGAAAUUAAGUGUAUGUAAACGUUUUUAAUAAUUAGGGUGAUUUCUGAAUGGGGCAACGAUGUAUAAAAAAAAUUAAA